CUCGCGAGCUUGACUCCGCGCUGUUUCAUUAUGGUAGUCGUCCCAACAAGCGGCUCGUAGAGCAGGAAUCCAGACGGGAUUAUCAACAGCAGACACCGCCGAGCUACGGAGCGAUAUUUCUGCCGCUAGUCCGCCUCUAACCUCCGGACCACAUCGACAUUUCCCUCCGGACGGACGUUAGCAGAGAGGGACCUUUACAUGGCAGCCGGCUGCUCGGCCCUCCUACCCUCUCCCGGUACCGUGCAGCUGCAGCAUCCGUCAUCUCAGCCUCCACACUAACGGGAUGACGAAGGGAACCGAGCCUCCGCACGUAGGCUACCGGCACGGCGAGGCGACAUUCAUGGACUGUAGGAAUUUCUAAAACCUCGGUGGCAGCGCAGCAGAAAUAUAAAGUGACUUAAAUUUUCAUUGUUGAGACUUAUCCAUCUUUGUGCCACUGGAGCUGGUGGGAACUUGGAGGCUACUUUAAAGGAAUCAAGGACUCUAAUGAACCAAUAAGAAACGUCUCAUCAAGUAGAAAUUAUAUUUAUUUAAUAUUUGUGUAAUAACCUGAGAUCUGCUGCAGUCUUCAUCAAGGAGCAGAUGUAAUCAGAGUUGCAGUAUUGUACAAAAUAUAAGAUAUACUAUCAGGUCAUUAGGUCACACAUACAACCCACAGAAGACACUGAUCAUUCUGGCAUCAUGAUGGUGGAAGCCACCAUCACCUCGAGUCUCAGGACUACUGCAAUCUGACAUUUUGGUUCCUCUGUGGGAAAGAACGGAGCAACCGGUGGUGGUCCUCCAGCAACAUGGACUACCACGCUGAGUGCUGCUUCUGUGAUCCUGAGGAGGGUCACGGUGACGAGCCGCCGCUUCACAGUAUCCACGCGCCCAACCGGAUCCGCCCGUCCUCCUACAGAGCCCUGAGGAGUGCUGUGUCCAGUCUGGCCCGCAUCGAUGACUUCUUCUGUGAGAAGAUAGGUUCGGGCUUCUUCUCGGAGGUCUUCAAGGUGCAGCAUCGGAUCACAGGGCAGGUGAUGGCACUGAAAAUGAACACGCUGGCUAGCAACAAAGCUAACAUGCUCCGAGAAGUGCAGCUCAUGAACCGGCUUUGUCACCCCAACAUACUCAGGUUUCUUGGGGUUUGUGUGCACGAAGGUCAACUCCACGCUCUGACUGAGUAUAUAAACGGAGGCAACCUGGAGCAGCUGUUGGACAGCGACCUGUACCUGUCGUGGUGCGUCAGGAUUGAUCUGUCUCUGGAUAUCGCCCGAGGCCUGCAGUACCUGCACAACAAGGGCAUAUUCCACAGAGACCUCACCUCCAAGAACUGUUUGGUUCGCUGUGAUAAUGGCGUGUUCACGGCUGUAGUGGGAGACUUCGGCCUGGCAGAGAAGAUCCCCGAUUACAGUGACGGUGUGGUGAAGCAGCCUCUGGCCAUCGUGGGCUCCCCCUACUGGAUGGCCCCUGAAGUUCUGAGAGGAGAGCUGUACGAUGAGAAGGUGGACGUGUUUGCGUACGGCAUCAUCCUGUGUGAGAUCAUCGCCCGGAUUGAAGCUGAUCCUGACUUCUUACCCAGGACAGAGGACUUUGGUCUGGACGUGGAAGCAUUUGAGAACAUGGUUGGGGAUUGUCCCGCUGCGUUCUUUAGCCUCGCUGUGACCUGCUGUAACAUGAUUGCAGAGAGGCGUCCCUCGUUCUCUGAAAUUGUCUUCAUACUGGAGGGCAUGGAGAGGGACGAAGAGAGAGAGAAGCCCAUUGCACUCGAGCCAGUGGCGGUAGACGUCAGCCCGUACCGGCGCUGCAGCUCUCCCUGUCACCCUGGUGACCGCAGCCAGCAGCGGCAAGGCUUAGCAAGGAGCCAGUCAGACAUGUUACCCCCAGCAACCCUGACCCCACCUCUUCUCGGGACCCCUGCGCGGGUCAACCCCUUCUCUCUCAGACAGGAUCUGAAUGGGGGGCGGUGUAAACUCUUAGACACGCCGAGCAAGUCCGUCAUCUCCCUGACCUUCACCCUCCCGGCGCUGCGGGACCCGUGUUCCUCCCCCCACAUUCUCCGAGGGAUGCCUGGAACGCGAACGCUGCCGAGGAGAUGCCGGUCACUCCCCUGUACUCCAGAGCUCAGCCGGACUGUAGCCUUGUCAAGAGACACAGAAGGGAAGGACGAAAAAGAGGAGGAUGUCAGAGCGGUGAUUAGGAGAGGUAUAGGGGAGGUUGUGGAGGACGAGAUGAGGAAGAACACGGGGAUGUCAGAGAGGGCAGAUGAAAGGUUGCAGGUAGAGCAAAUGGAGAUAACUGAGAAGAGAGAGUUGUUGAAGGAGGAAGAUGAAAUGGGAGACGAUUCAGGUCUUCCUGUGGAGCUGGAGAUGGUGUCACUGGAGCGGUUAGAGGAGGAGGAAGAGGAGGAGGAGGAGGACGAGAGUGUGUGUCUAACAGAACCCAUGGACUGCACCAAGUCUCCUGAGCCAGCAGAGGGAGUCCUGGACUGCACACCUGGAAGACCCCUGCUCACCUCCACUUCCUCUUCCUCCUUACAGACAAAUGGCUGGCGACUUCCCAUCUCCAACGGACCUCCCUCCUUGCCCGCUCUGCCACGACUGGACAAUAACAACGGCUCGGCCCUUGUGAUUGGCCAGCAGGUGCAGUGGGGUGGAGGAGGACGGGCUAAUGGUUACAGCGGAGCCCAGGUCCAGUCCUCUGACCCUAACGGCCCCUCUGAGCAGGACGAGGUCAUUUCCUGUCCGGGCUGCUGUCUGGUGGGUCUGAGUUUUCCCUCUGUGUGCCUCCGUGGUUCAGCUGCCGUGCCUACUCCCCGCCGAAGGGCUUCGUUACCACGGCAGCGACCCUACCGGAACCUCAACGGCACCAUAACUGGUGGCAGCGCUUCCUCGUCAACAACAGCCGCCACGGCAACCAAAGCUCUACUGUGUCGCAGCACAAAUGGACUAGUAGUGGGUGGGCCCACAGUGCCAUGUGAGCCUGGGCGGUCCCUGCCAGAGGCCCAGACAUAAGCCUGCUUACUGGGGAUUUGGUUUUGAACUUGCGACAUGCACCGGUACUAAAUGUUAGCGGACAAACAUAGCAACACAAAAGGUCGCUAUACUAACACCAAGAACCCAAUACUGACCCCAGCCUCUGAAACGUGUUGUUAAUUCUGUGCAGUCACAGCAAACAGUUGGUGACUAGAGUGCCACCUGGUGGGCUGGAGGAUUAAACACAACAAAUCGCUGUGACGGUGAAGAACACGGUGGUGUAACGGAAGAGGUGGCUAAAGCAGGCAGAAUACGGCUGAACAUUGAACAGUCAGGGUCAACAACACAUUACUGCCACUGGAAUGGUGCUGAUCCAAACAGAGCAGCUAGUCUGACGCACAGUGAUGCUCGUCCCAAUUUUUCUGAACCAAAUCAAACUGAACUCAACUGUGCUGGCUUCAAAUCUGGAGGCUGUCGCACGGGGGAAAAAAGGUGUGUGGCUGAUUUAAGAAGCUAAGUCUAAGCAUACUUGUGGUUCAUUACAACGUGGGUCUUAUUUUGGUAGUCUUGGCCAUUGUUUCUAUCAGUAAUAAUAACAUUGUACUCACCAAGUUAACUGCUGAGGUCUGUGAACACGUGACAGUGGACACUGGUCAGUUUUGGUUUUGCCUCAGAAUGUAUUGAUGGCCUGACUGCUCGUGUUUGUUACCACGUAUGGUUUCAUUGUAUUGCAGUGAUUAGUACAGUGCCGGUUCAAAACGUGCCUGUUCAGAACGGGCCGUCUGUUUGGCCUGUGGUAUUGCUGGUUGCAGCUUUCUCGAGAACCACUCAAACAACUUCACACUCAGCACUGCGUCUCCUUGGGUGCUGAGCAAUACACCUGGUCCCCCACAGCUACAGAUUUAUUAUAAGUUUCACUGCCAAUACCAACAUUCCUGAUCCCACUCACAAGGUCUGCCCCUGAAAAAUCCAUCGCGGCUACUCAUGAUCAGAAACACUAGUGAAAUACACUCAGUGGAGUUAUUAAUAUCUAAAUAGGCGGACUAGUUGCUCGCUUUGACAUAACCACCGCAAUUUUAAAGUAGAGCAAGGUAUUUUGUCAGGUGUAAGGCGUCAGAAACAUUGGUGAAAUGCACUUAGCGAGACAUUUUGACUCUGCAGAGCCCUGAAACCCUGCCUCCACUGCUGCACAGUUCACUUGUUUAUUCAGAGUUUAUUAAUACUGAAUGUGUCGCUUAUCAAAUUUGACAGUUCACAUCCCUGCACCCCCAGCAAUACACCUGUGAAGUGUGAAGUUGAUUGGAUGGACAGUUCUCGAGAUAUGGGCAGGAAACACAGACAGCUUUAUCGUUAGAUUUCACCGUGUUCCCAGUUCUCAGCAAUAACUUAAGUAAGUAUAGAUAUAGACAAUGGCCCACACUACAAAAAUAAGUUAAAAGAUGAGGAUGAGGAUUGUCCUUUAAUUUGUACAGUGCUUUUUGGCAAAGGUGGUGGGAGGAGAGAACCUUUUGUAAUUCAUUGCCCCUCCCUUUAUGGAGGAAGUUUAGGAGGAAUAAAAACUCUUUUGUUUUGCAUGGCGGCGCCGGCAGCGGCGCUCUGCAAGCCCACGACUGAUGGAAACACUGCUGCACUGCACUGUUAAUCCCAGGUUGUAUAGGGACACAUGUAAAGCACAGUGUGGCUGCUGGUUCAUAACUGUAUGUGAAAACACUGUUUUUAAUUCUAUUUAAUUGAUUAACAGUAGCUACAGGGGGAAUAUUUAUAAAAUGAAUAAAGAUGAUUUACUUCUGACAUUUUUAUAGCAGUUGAACUGUGUGUGUGUGUGUGUGUGUGUGUGUGUGUGUGUGUGUGUGUGUGAGAGACAGAGUGAGAGAGGAGCUGAUAUCUGUUGCUUUGGGGGACUUAUCCUGGGCUUGUCAUGUAAAUUCUUUAUUUUUGCACUUCAGUUCAGAGCACUUUGCAGUAAGACACCAGGCUUUUACUAAACGGUGCUUUAUUUAAAUCUGUGCUACUGGUGUUUUAUAUAUGUGUGUGUGUGGGUGUGUGUGAGUGUGUGUGCGUGCGUGCGUGCGUGCGUGCGCUACUGGCCCAACAAACUACAAACCUUUCAUCCUUUGACAUCUGCUCCCCCUCACAUGUAUCUCGUGUGUCUACAUGUGCAUUUUGAUUACACUGUUGUAACUUAAAAAGUGGUAUGUGAAGCAGGUAUGCGUAUUUAUUGUACAGAUCAUUCCACACACUGUGUGUGUAUGUGCUUUUGAGCGAAAGGUAGAGUGAUGGAUACUCGCAGGAUAACUUUUAUCCCGUCAUUUCUGAUGUUGAACUAUGAUCUCGCUUCAUUUCUAUGUUCUGUUCUUCUAUACAGCUAGAAACCUGCGUGCAAUAAUCUGGUAAUAAACAAAUAUGGUUGUGCAUAACCCACUGUGCUGUUUUUAAUAU